UAUACAUUUCGUGCACAAGGGGCACUAUAUUAUAAAAUGGAUGAUCUGGUGCCAGGUGAUAAAGGACCUAGACAUCUCCAGCUCUACUUCUAUGAUACAGAUGAAACCUUGGAACAUAGAGUGAAGCGGUCUCCAGAUCUUGAUAUCAAUAUCAUACGGGCCAUUCUGGAGAUACUAAAGGACAACCCCUAUGUGAAGACCUUUAAAAGUUGUGGAUCUGUUCCGAACCUGGAAGAAUAUAGAAUAUCACUUAACACGGACAUAAGACUGGACCAGAGAAGGUACAAUGUCCCCACAGCUUCACAGGUGGCCGCGAUGUGGGUUGAAGGUAGUGACCCGCAAAACACUUUUGAUAGGCAGGUUGUCGUGCAUGGCAAAGGGGACCGUCCUAUAUUUAUUAGAGCUUACUAUGGUUGCUAUGAUCCUUUGGCAUAUCCAUUAUUCUUCCCGAGAGGGGAGACGGGGUGGAACCGUCGGAUACCAUAUGAGAUACCACGUAAAGUCACUCAGCAAGGGGACAAAGAGGAUGACACAGAGCGUGAACCCUUGCAAGGUCUAGACCAAAGUUCCAAUGUACAUCUGGAAGAAAACACGGAUGAGGUAGCAGAUGAUGAAGAGGACCAGGAUGAAGAGGACCAGGAUGAUGGUCAAAACGGAGGUAAAAGAAAAUUUGUUAGCGCCAGGGAGUACUAUUGCUUCAAGCUACAAGUUAGGAAAGGACUUUUCAACAUUAUAUUGUUCGGUGCACGCGAGCUCCAGCAAUGGGCUGUCGACAUGUACAUAAAGUGUGAGACUAUGAGACUUGAUUUUUUUUCCAAUCCUAAGAAUCAGAAGCGCAUACGUGCUGAUUUAUACCAGGGUGUUGUUGACGUCAUGUAUGCUGGCGAGACACGUGGUAAGCAUGUUGGUAGGAGAAUUGUGCUACUGCGGACUUUUCCAGGAGGUGAUAGAGACAUGCAGCGAAGAUUCCUCAAUGCGAUGGCGUUAGUCCAGCGGUUUGGGAAGCCUGAUUACUUUAUCACAAUCACUUGCAACCCACACUGGGAGGAGAUUACAUCCAAACUUGAACCCGGACAGACACCACAAGACCGUCCAGACCUUGUGGCGAGAGUAUACAGGGCCAAAUUGCGAAGUAUCAAUGAUCUCUUAAUCAAAAAAGAUACUUUGGUGAGCAAGCUAACAAACCCAGAUGGAUAUGACAAGGUGAUAUCAGCAGAACUUCCUAACAAGGACUUCUACCCUGUAUUGCAUGCUCUGGUGGUCAAACAUAUGCUCCAUGGACCAUGUGGUGCUCUCAGGAAAAAUUGUGCUUGCAUGAUAGAUGGUGAAUGUCGAUUUCACUAUCCCAGGCAGUUUACUGAUGCUACACAGCAAGGAAAGGACUCAUAUCCUAUCUAUAGGAGGAGGCACGAUGGUUGUCAAGUGAAGGUCAGGGGAGCAGAGUUGGAUAAUAGAUGGGUUGUCCCAUACAACCCUGGUCUGCUUAUGCGGUAUAAUUGUCACAUCAAUGUUGAAGCUUGCUCAAGCAUCAAGACAGUGAAAUAUUUAUUCAAGUACAUCUAUAAAGGACAUGAUCGUGCAUCAUUCUCAGUGGAUCCAGCAGGAGAUAAUGAGGGUGAAGUGAUCAAUGAGAUUAAACCCUACAGGGAUGCCAGCUUCACUUGGAAGAUAUGCAGCCUAUCACAUUCAAAGAGGGCGAUGAUCUAG